CGGCCGUGCAGGCGACGAGCAGCUGCUGGCCGUGUCGGCCGGCGAGGCGCACUGCGGCGCGCUCUGCCGUUCGGGCCGCGUGCUCGCCUUCGGGGAGAACCGCCACGGGCAGCUGGGCCUCGGGGACUUCGUCAGCAGCGCCACCCCGAAGCCAGUGGCCGCGCUGCAGAGCCGACCCAUCGUUCAGGUCUGCUGCGGCGGGCAGCACUCCCUCGCCCGCACCGCCACGGGCCUGCUGUGGGCGUGGGGCUGCAACGAGCACGGGCAGCUCGGCCUGGGCGACAGCAGGACGCGCUUCCGCCCGGAGCAGGUGAAGGCCCUGCGCGUCUCGCGCUGCCUGGACGUGGCGGCUGGCAGCCGGCACACGCUCGCCCUCUCCGAGCGCGGCCUCGUCUUCGCCUGCGGCGCGGGCAGCAGCGGCCAGCUGGGCUCGGGCGGCAAUGCGGAGUGCGAGGCGACGCCGCGGGUCGUGGACGCGCUGCGGGAGGUGGGCCAGUGCCUGCGGGUCGCCUGCGGGCACAGCCACAGCCUCGCCCUGGUGCGGGACGAGGACUCCCUGCGCGAGCACGUGUACUGCUGGGGCCUGGGCUCCAGCGGGCAGCUGGGCGUCCCCCGCGAGGGGCUCCAGGAGCGGAAGCACGCGCUGCUGCCGCAGCGCCUCAGGCUGGGCCCCCACCUGCGGGUGGUGGACGUCGUGAGCGGCCCCCUCUCGCACCACUCCUUCCUGCUGGUGGCGCCCGCCGCGCCCGCGUCGCCCGCGUCGGGCAGCGGCCGUGCCGGCGGCGGCCUGCCGCGCCACUCGCUGCGCACGGCGAUCGACGCGGACGAGCUGCUCGGCGACCUGAGGCGGGUGGCGCAGGGGUCCGGGGAGGGUGCGCAGAUGAGGGCGCUGGUGAAGGCCGUCGGCUCGGCCUUCAGCUCCGCCAGCGUCCUCAACGCCUCGUUCCGCGCGGGCGGGGUCGGGGCGGGCGGCGCCCGGCGGCUGGCCGUGCCGACCGAGGCGGACAGCGGCGUGGACCUGCUCAAGGUGCGGAGGGCGUACAGCACGCUGGUCUUCGAGCUGCGCUCCCCGGAGCUCACGGCGAUGCUCGGGCGCGCGACGCUGUCGAUAUGCGACGAGCUGUCCAAGAAGCGGAACCUCUGCGUGUUCCUCGUGGUGUUCGAGAACCCGCUGCUCCUCGGGGAGUUCCGGACGGAGUUCUUCCCGGGCUUCCACCUCGCGCUGCAGCGGCUGACGGCCGCCGUGCUGUCGCUGCCGCGCGACUCGCAGAGGCUGCUGUUCGGGUGGCUGAAGCACCUGCCCAGCGAGUACUUCGGCAGAAUAGUGGACGUGAUGCAGCAGUACGUCACCUUCGUCCUGACGCAGCCUGGGCAGAACAAGGCCGACGCCUCCGCGGCGGUGCAGGUCCUGAACACGCUUUGGGAGAGCAACGUCGAGAUGGAGGGCAUCCUGCCGGAGCGUUGCUUCCACAACCUGGCCAUCUCGCAGAGCGAGGACCUGCCGGAGCAUUACAGGCAGUGGCAGCAGCAGCAGUCACUGGUUUUCAGCUACUGCAGGUACCCCUUCCUGCUAGACGCGGGGGCCAAGCGGCGGCUGCUGUCCUUCGACGCGAGGCUCAGGAUGGAGAGCGCCAUGCAGGAGCUGGUGGCGCAGACCUGGCGGCAGGGGCUCCCGCCGGAGGCCACCCUCGAGCAGCUGCUCCACUUCCGCGUGCGCCGCGCGCAGCUCCUCGCGGACUUCUGCGGGCAGCUGUGGUGGCGGCUCCGCCACCGGCCCGAGUGCCUGAGGCUCGCGCUCUCGGUAGAGUUCGUGGGCGAGCUCGGGGUCGACGCGGGGGGGCUCCGGAAGGAGUGCCUGCAGCUGGUGUUGCGCCAGAUCUACGAGCGCAGUUCUCUGCUGGUGGAGUUGGAGGAGCUGCCCGGGCUGGUGUGGUUCUCCCCGACGCCGGACCACUGGCGUCGCGGCUCGCCGCUGCAUGACCAGGAGGAGGGCGCCGGGUGCCUGGAGGAGCUGUGCGACCCUGGCUGGGCCGAGCACCUCCCAGAGGUGGCGGGCGCGAUCGUGGGGCUGGCCGCGUACAACGGGAUCUAUUUGGACCUGCGGAUUCACCCGCUGCUCUACCGCUUCCUCGUGCAGCGGUCGGUGUCCGCCGGGAUGGACGAGCUGCGCCUCGUGCACCCCACGCUGCACAGGUCGCUCGCGAGCCUGGGGGGCACGAGCGACGCGUCCGCGCUGGGCCUCACCUGGAGAGUGCGCCUGCCCGGCAGCGAGGAGGACUUCGACCUCUCCCGGGGCGCUGGAGACCCCGACGCGCCGGUCGGGGCUGCCGACCUCGGGCGCUUCGCGGCCGCCUACGCGGAGGCCGCGCUGCUCGGCGGCGCCCGGGCGCAGGUGGAGGCUUUCGUGCAGGCCGCAUUGCGGUGCAUGGACGGGCCCUCCCUCGCGCUGUGCACGGCGCACGACCUGGAGUUGUUGCUGCGGGGGUCGCCCGACGCGGCCAAUUUCCAGGAGCCUCCCCAGCCUCUUCCUCACCCCCUCCUCCUCCGCCUCCUCCCUCCUCCUCUUCCUU